AUGCCCGCACCGGAACCGGUCCGGUUGGGCCGGAAGCGAGCGCUCCCGGUGUCUCCUAACCCGCUGUUCCUCCGGUGGCUCACAGAGCUACGUGACAGCGCCCGCGAGAAGGGGCUUAAAACUCAGCACGUUUACAACAAAGCCAUCGGUUCUUUACAGAAGUACCCGUUACCCUUGGAGAACGCCCGGGAAGCCAAGAUCCUCCAGAACUUUGGGGACGGGAUCUGUAAACUUCUGGAUGAAAAACUACAGCGCUACUACAAGGAACACGGUCCAGACGCACCCAUCCACUCUCUACCUGAAGGAGCGCCCCCUGCUGGAGGACCUGACAACAACAGCCUGGCACCCAAUAAGAAGAGCAAUGUCCCUCAGGAAGGGAAGAAGGAGAGUGGGGGAGGAGGAGGACGAGGAGGAGGGAGAGGAGGUGGGAGGGGGAAGAAGAGGGAAUAUGUUCCUCAGAAGAGAUCUGGAGGUUACGCUGUCCUGCUCACCCUCUACCGACACAUCCAGAUCCCAGGUGAUAAAGGGUACAUGUUCAAGAUGGAGCUGCAGAACGAAGCCCAGCUCCUCUGUGACAAGUCCUUCUCAGCGCCAGAUCUGGGUACUAAAUACACUGCCUGGUCUUCUGUCAGCACCCUGAUCAAGAGAGACCUGGUAGUGAAGACCCACAGCCCUGCAAGAUAUGCUCUGUCGGAGGAGGGCGCUUCCUUGGCCGGGAGACUGGCUUCAGAGGAGCAGGGAAGCAGCGGAGGACCGGAACAGAUAGUUGAAGAGAGAGACAGGAGUGAGGAGAACGAUGUUCAGGGCUUGGUGGACCUCACGGUCAGUGAUGAAGAGGAGAAGAGCGUUACACCGCCUGUCCCUGGACGGCCCGCCUGGGAAUCCCAGGCAAGAGGUGAGGCGGCUGGGCCGAGUGUGUCAGGAGAGGCCCAGGCUUCAGAGCCGAGUGGUGGAAGGCCUAGUGGAGGCCGUCUUCUCCCAGGAGACUAUGACAUCAUCCUCUGUGUGGACUUCAUAGAAACUACAGGAGGCAGUAACCACUGUAAGCAGGACCUGGUCAAAGAGCUGCAGAGGAACGGCGUGACCUUUGACGUCAGGAAGUUAAACGUGGGAGACUUCCUGUGGGUGGCCCGCGAGAGAGUAGCACCUAUACCAGGUCAGCUGCGUGCCCCCGAGGCCAAGGAGCUGGUCCUGGACUACAUCAUCGAGAGGAAGAGGAUGGACGACCUGUGCGGGAGCAUCAUCGACGGACGCUUCCGCGAGCAGAAGUUCCGUCUGAAGAGGUGCGGUCUGUCCAAACCCAUCUACCUGGUGGAGGAGUGUGGAACUGCAGCCUCACACAUGAGUUUACCUGAGGCCACGCUGCAACAGGCUAUCAUCAAUACACAGGUGGUGGACGGCUUCUUCGUUAAGAGGGUUCAGGACGUGAGGGAGUCUGCAGCCUACCUGACCGUCAUGACCCGAUACCUGACCAGACUCUACCAGAACUCUACCCUGGUGUGUCGCUCCAGAGAGCUGGAGGGAGAUGGAGGGAUGAAGCCCUCCCUCCCCUCCUCCUCCUCCUCCACCCCCUCCCUCUCCCUCCUCUCCUUCGCAGAGUUCAACUACGGAGCCAUCAAGAACAAGUCUCAGACAGUAAGAGAAGUGUUCGCCAGGCAGUUGAUGCAGAUCAGCGGUUUGUCUGGAGACAAAGCAGCUGCCAUUUUGGAUCGAUACACAACCCUAUGCAGUCUGCUGUCUGCGUACGAGUCGUGCCCCAGUGAAGCAGACAGAGAGAAGCUACUCUCCAACAUCAGAUACGGGAAACUCAACAGGAACAUCGGACCAGCACUGAGCAGAACCGUUUACCAACUCUAUUGUACAAAAGGACCGCUUUCGUAGCACUAACCCCUUGACAUGUUCCUGUUCUGAACCAACUGGAUAAUGCAAACUUUAAUGAACCCUUUUGACGUCGUCAAAGACAACGUACGUUACAGUAGCCGCUGCUGAAAGGACUGUUGGUGUCUUCUCUAAAUGUGUUUAUAUUGUUUAUAGUUUUAUAUGUUUUCAAUAAAGGUGCUGCUUUCGAUAAGAAUUGUUAUUGUGGUAUUGAUUUAGUGAACAAUUGUGAUUUAUAGAUAUUGUUGGUGAGAGGUAUCAAUAGAGAGGUCGAGAGUUUUCCGAUUGUAAAGAGGGAUAAGGUUACGAUAUAAUUGUUAGUUGAUUUAAUGAAAUUAACUUGGAUCAGGAUAUAUUACCCUGGCUGGUGGUAGUACGUUAUCUUUCUUUUAUUAUAAGGACUGUUAUCUCGUCGAACCGUACUUGUGUAAUUUACAAUGUCACCUAUUACCUACUUAGCAUUGUGCCAAACAUGUGUGGCCAUUGUCGGUUUAUUUAUGGUUUAUUGGGUAUUGUCAUGUGUAAUAAAUUCAGAAAAAUCCUU